ACGCCAUUAAUUCUCGCACAGAUCAUUGAGACGACAAACUACCAGCAGCGCUCGUCCCGCACCAACAUGGCAGCCGGUGCACCCGACACACGCUCUACGCGCUACAACUUCAUGGGCAUGAUGAUACCGACGAAAAAAGGAAAGAACUCCGUGAGUUCGGCCGAGGAGCAGCUUAUAGGCAGCAGCUCUAGUGGCUCUCCCUCGUUAUCUCCCUAUGGCACGCAGAGGCCACAAGGACAGCGCGAUGCAAACGUGGAUAUGUCUCAUCAUAUGGUAUACUCUGGUGCCCCGUCACCGCCCCCGAGCACGGUUGGUUAUCCAUACAGCAUCGCCGAGGGGAACAGGGAGACGGAGAGCAUAGAGGUUCUAGACGAAAUGGAAAUAUCAUCAACGAGGAAUGGAUCUACACACCGAGGUUCCAACCGGUCAUAGACGCCUGCUGCAGAUGCCAUAGCACCUACGGUGGCGCCAUCUCUAGCACCCCAGCUAACCUGUCGCCCGCGCGCGCUGUUUCAACGGAAAAGUGUAUUUAUUUUUAUGGGUGUUAAGAUGAAUUCUUAUUUUUAUCUAAAAUAGCCGAUACAAUUUUUGUAAAGUGCGUUGCUCGCGUUAUUGAGUGUAGGCUUAGCAAAUUUGUACCAAGCAGUUUUGAUUUGUUGAGUUGCUAUGAGAUGUAGUCUGCUUGCAUAAAACCCAUCAUGACGUCAAUACACUUCCGAUCACGCACCGUAGCAUGCUUUUUGGCUUGUGCUGAUUUUUGAAAGAAAUGAAUGUGUAGAUGUGUCUGUUAAUAUCAGAAUAUAUUUGUUGCGCUGAGAAUUACGUGCUGUGUGUAAUGUAUGAGUGCAUGCUGUAAAUUUAUGAAUAUGCAUAAUAUUUGGUUUAAAUAGUUCAUAUAAUGAAACAGAAAUCAUAAUGCCGUGCCAGAGAGAUAUAUAUAUAUACAUAUAUAAACAUAUAUAAUACAUAUAUAGUAUAUAUAUAUACGCGUGUGCGAAAGCGCGCGCGACUACGUACGUGCGUGCGCAUGUGUUUGUGUGUGCGUGUGUAUGUAACAAACAUGAGAGUGGACGAGAGACAGACGCCAGUAUCUCGGCUGCAGGUUCUUGCGUGGAGAAAUGGAUCUAGGGAACCCAACUGUGAUUGGUUACAUGUAUAUAGGGCGUUGCUAUGCUCCAGUGCGUACAUGUCUGUGACUACAUACGGAUGGAAGCACUGUAUAAGAAAUCUCAGCUGUCGUGGUAUGUGUUCACAUACGAGACAGAGUUUCAUGAAGUCAUGUAGUGUCUGGCCAAUUGUUGAAUCUACAUUUUAUACUGAUUUCAACUGUUGCGUUAUGCAUUUCUGUGAGCAUGUAGCUUGUGCUAACCGACUACACAUGUUAUAAUAAGAGGUAAUGCGUUCAUGACAUCGCCUUUCAGUUGUUAGAAUACAAGUAUUUAAUAGCUUUGCCUGUGGUGGGUUUUAGGAAACUGCGAUCGCAUUCUAUGACUUGUCAUGGAUGAGGACGCAUUAGUAAACCCAGAGAUAACAUGUCCAUCGUAUUCUAAACGAGAAAGAAACGGACAACCUUUAAUCGCAUGUUGACCCUGGUGGUUUUAAACAUUAAUAUUAUUAGAGCCUAUAUCAAAUUUUAUUUUUUACUAGCAGAACUGCAAAUGCUAAUCACUACGAGCAGAGUUGAUUGAGAAGGAAACGGUUACGUUGAGAAUGACUGAAGUAACACGUCACGUGGUUAUAUCGUUGUAUAGAGUUACUAGUGGCGCCGUCUGUCUGCCGAGUGUUGUGCAAGCACCCGAUCUUGAUGCAUCCAUUUAGAAACCAAAAUUAAAUCUAAUUUAAUUUAAUUUAAUUUAAUUGUUCAUCCGAGGGGUUUAACAGUAAUAAGAUUGAUGCCUAUAUUAAAUGUUAUUAUUUACUAGCAGGGUUGUGCAAGCACAUGAUCUUGAUGCAUCCAUUUAGAAACCAAAAUUCCAUAUUGGCUACGCGAUGAACAUACACGCGCGUGCGUAUGUGCGCUCGUGGUUACGCUGCGAAUGAAGAUCCAGCUGACAAUUAAUGUAUCAGUGACGUACCCGUGUUUCAAUGAUCGUGUUUGCAACUGACAAGGGUGUGACGAUGUCGGCAGACAGUGAGCGCACCUGAGCGUUUCACUCACAGUAAUACUGUAAUAAAUGUACAUGUAAUCAAAAAUA